CCCCCGCGUCCAGGUAGGUCCAGCCGGCGACCUCGCGCUCCCAAAGUCUUCGUUCCCCACCCUUUAACAAGAGCAAUCCGCCAUCCGCGAGAGGGGAAACAAAACAAGGCCCUGGCAGUCUGUAGCUGGCACUGGCAGCAUCCCCCAGCACAGAGUAGGGUCGUCGUCGGAGGCUUGGAUCCAUGGCCUUCUGGGAGCCCUGCUUCGGCAAAGACAACGAGUGCUGCGACUGCGAGUGCAGCUGGACCAAGUUCCUCAUCUGGUCCGCCGUCGUCCUCCUCGUGGGCGGCCUCGUCGCCGUGCUCGUCAUCGCCUUCGCCGUCGUGUUCCCGCCCAAGGCCAAGGCCGACGACGCCGUGCUGCAGCGGUUCGCGCUGGCGCCGGGCAACCCCGCCGCCAACUCCACCAUCUCCUACAACCUCACGGCCACGGUGUCGCUGCGGAACCCCAACAUCUACCGGACCAUCGCCUACGGGCCCCUCGCCGUGGCCUUCUCCUUCAACGGCUCCCGCUUCGACGAGUCCGCCACCAUCCCGCCCUUCGACCACAAGCCGCGCAAGACGGCCACGGUCCGCGUCACCGUCGGCGGCGUGGACAAGCUCGUCAAGCUCACCGCGCCCGGGGUGAAGGAGUUCGCCGCGGAGAACGACACGAGCAAGUUCGCCGUGGAGAUGCGGCUGGACACGACGCUGCAGUACAAGGGGCGCAGCGCCAAGUGCCCGCUCGUCGUCAUCUGCCCGCUCCAGCUGCAGCUCGUCGACCCCGACGUUGCCGCCACCGCGUUCCAGAGGACCAAGUGCACCAUCCUCCGGGCCAAGAAGUCCGGGUGCUAACUCCAUUGUUGAUUGAGUAUUGUUUCUGGCUAGAGCUCCAUUUCUUCAAGAAUUCCUUUUUUUUCCCUCUCGAGAUUGUUGAUGCGUCUGCUUGGAAGACUAUGAUCUGUAGGAGUGCAAAAUUCGAUUUGAUUUGUAUAAAUCUGGAUGAUUCCUAACGACUCAUGUUGCGUUGUUGUGA